GGUUGUGUUUCUCUACAGUAUCUAUUUCUACUGACAGUGAACAAUGAGAAACCGUUGAGUAAUCUACCAAGUGUUUUAAAGAAAAAUUCAAAAAUAAUGGAAGUUUUUGAAGAUAUUGCCAAGUGGCUCAAAGAUAUGGGAUAUGACGGAAGAGUCCCUGCUAACCUUCUUAGCAUAUGCAAUCAGCAGACAAGCCACAUAUGGAAACAAUUAAUUGCAUCAGUUCGUCCCAGGGAAGAAGCGGAAACUGUGAAACUAAAUGUAAUUCGCAACAGGUUGAAAAUUAAACCCAUUGACCAACAGGAGUCUUUUCCGUUUAAAGUCAAGGAAAUGGAGGCAUACAACCACAAAUUAAACCUCGAGAAGAAGUUAGAGCCGUUGAAAGAAACUGUGGAAAUGAAUAAGCUGAAUGUGAAGCAGAUGUAUGCAAAGUAUAAAAUGAAAGAGAUUGCUUUGAAAGUUUUAAAGAGCAAAGUGGAUGAGAAUGAAGAACGCCAGUUCCUGCUGGAGUCCAAGAUGGAACUCUUGAAACAACAGCACUUGGAGGCCGAACAGCUCGUGUCCAAGCUGGAAAGUGUUAUCCCAGAUGAAAGAGAUCAGAAUAGUACCAUCAAAGACAUUUCACCAAUACUGGAACAGUGCGCCUUGAAACUGAAACGGCUAGUGAUGGAAGAUGAAGAAUUAAAGAUGGAAGAGCUUAGCAAUAUCUCCAUGCAAUCCAACAGCCGCCUCAAACAGUCCCUUAGAACGCCCCAAGGCGGCGAUCAAACAGCGUAUGGAACAAGGGAUGACCAGGAAUCAGGAAUAUUCCCCUUUGUUAUUGAAGGAAGCAGCUUUUUAGAAUCGUCUCGCCUUACUAACUGCACUCCGAUGCGUUGCAACUCCCAAAGUUUCUUUGAUUUCAACUUGUCCAUCCCUGCGACGCCUGUAACUCUGAACGGUGCCAAAGGCUCAGUUUUCAAAGUUCCUAAUACGACCUUAAUGAAGAAGAACAUGAAAAGUGAUCAUUCCUCAAAGAAAGUGUACAACCACCCUGAAGUUACAAAAGAAUGUAGGAAAAUUCUGCAAGAAAACGAUGUGGAGUUGAUAUACCAAACGCUAAAACACUUGAACGGGAAUGCUGUAACGGAGCUUCAACAAAUCGUUCAGAAGGAAAGACUGCAAACUUAUCAGGUGGGAAAUAAGAAGAUCCCUGAUCGUGAUCUGGCAAGGUUGGCAUUCAUUCAUGUCGACACUGAAAUGAAAAUUCGAAAUCAGAGCAGAGAGAUGAAAGAGUUGCUGGAAAAGAUCAACAGUCGUAAAGAGCACAUCCUGACUUCUUUUACUGGAGGUAACAAAGCUCAACUUGAGGAAAGGCUGGAGAGAGCCUUGAUGCAAAUUUCUUUCAACACCACAAUGGCCGCGACGCUUAGGGAAAUAAACGACCAGCAGUUUAGCACUAGUAGAGUGGAAGCAGAAAACUUUACCUCUAAGGUUCAGAAAAUCAAAUUAGAAAUAAACAGUAAGCUGCAGCUAAUCCAAUUCAUUACUAAUGAAAUGUCCCAAGCUGUAAAAUACAUGAGGAGGAAUCAGGACUCAUUCAGCAAUUCCAACUGGCGGUUGCGGUCUUUCACAUUUGACCCAAGCUGGAUGAAUUCACUAUUGAAUAAUACUUGGGUGAAAGAAAUGCUUGUUUUCAAAAAUGUCCCCUUGGAUUACCAAAGGCAAUGCACAAACUCGAAUCUGUUUUAUAGGGACCUAAGCCCGACAUGGUAUAGUAACAGUAUUCAAAUGGGGCAUCAGGAACUGCAGUUGCUGGUUGAUAUUCUAGAUGGUCCUUUCGAUGCGCCAGAAACAAUUUUGCUGAGAAUUACCAACGCCAAGAUGAAGUUGGACGCUUUGAAAACAAUGUCGAAUUCGUUAAAGAAAAACAAGUACUUUGAUGGCCAGACAAAAUACUCGUCCGAGGAAUUGAUGCAACAAGAAAGUUACCUGAUCCAAGCCCUAGAUAGUCUGAAAGGACUAGUAGUAUCGUCCAAGUCCUAUGAAACAUUGGCGGCAAGUGAAGUGGUAAAACGUUCAUUUCAAAUUUGGAUUGAGGCCCCAAUGGCAGAUUUUAUAUCCGAUAGAAGAACAGUGGAAGGGCACAAUUAUCAAUAUUUCAGGAAAAAACUGGCCAACUUAUUGUAAAUGUUGCCUGAGGCCAGUGGUUAAGUAUGAGAAUUUAAAUUGUUUUUUGCUUUGAAUUAAGUAAGCAGGAAAAGUUCCGCUAGCUCCGUCCAGAAGCUACGCGCGCGAGUGAGAACGUCGCAAUAAACACGUUAUUCACAGAAUGCGCCUAACUUAACGCGAGUCUCAAUGCUUGAUGUAGAAAGGCUGCUUAACCUCACAUCGGCCUUUAAUGAGAGAUCUUGUACAUUGAUGAAAUUAAAGUUAUUUAAACAAAA